AUGGAUGUACACUAUGAUGAUAAAGUGCAAAGACUCGCAUGUGUCUGCAUCACCGGGGCUAUGAGAACAUGCCCUACAGCAGCAAUGGAGGUUAUUCUUGAUUUAACUCCACUUCACCUUAUUAUUGAAAGUGCUGCUAAGGGAGCUAUCAUGAGAUUUGCCAAGGAAGGAACUGGGGCUGGAAAAUGCAUAGGCAACAGAGAAAGAGAAUUCCUGUCCAGAUCCUCAGAAGAAAACUUCCUUGACUUUCCAAGAGAUGCAAUGGUCACGAAUUAUAACUUUGUGAAAAACUACAAUAUACAUCUCAGUAGUAAAAAAGAUUGGGUAGGUGAAUCUAUCAACUACUCUUUUAAAGAAAAUACCAUCAAAUGGUACACAGACGGGUCGAGAACAGCGGUAGGUACAGGGGCAGGCGUUUUUGGGCCUGGUACCAAACUCUCCGUACCUAUGGGUCAAUCCCCAAGUAUCUUUCAAGCUGAGGUAAAUGCCAUUGUAAAAUGUGCAGAAAUAAACCUCGAAUUAACUCACCGGAAUAAAAACAUUGCCAUUAUGUCUGAUAGUCAAGCUGCCCUAAAAGCACUUAAAUCCUAUGAAAUCAACUCCAAGCUAGUAUUGGAGUGUAUAGGAAAACUUAACGAACUUGGCAAAAUAUACAAAGUCACUCUCCACUGGGUACCUGGGCACGUUGGUGUCCAGGGUAACGAGGAGGUGGACUCCUUAGCAAAAACGGGAGCAAAUUCCCCUCUAAUGGGACCCGAACCCAUAAGACUUACUCAAGCUCACGACUAUUCUGCAUAA